AUGGGCAAGUUCGAGACGCUGGGGGCGGAUGUCGGCCGUGCCGCUACCGGCUUGGCAUACCUGGAGGAGCUUCGGUCGAGCUUCGGUAGAGCUUCGGUGGAACUUCGGUGGAACUUCGGUGGAGAAACUCUGAGGAUUCAAGAGGCCGAGUACGCGGCAGAGGAGGAGGAGCUCCGAAAGACCUCAAAAGGCCUCGGCCUGGCCAUGAGCCUCCACGAGGCCGGGAGGCAGCACCACCAACUCGGCGACCCCACACAGGCGAUCGCCCUCUACCAGCGCGCGGGAGCCUUGCUGGAGGAUGCGAUUCGUGCUCGUGCGGGCGAUGCUGAGAAGCACGCCAAGGCGUUGAGAUAUGCUCGCUUCACGAAGUCAGAGGUUUGCAGCAGCCUGGGCGUGGCCUACCACGAUGCAGGGCGUGGCCGACACUUUCUGGGAGUCGCAGCGGGUUGUGUUUUACGUGAUCGUGGCAGGCAGGCCGAGGAUGCGCUGUCACAGCACAAAGAGGCCCUGGAACUGCGCAAGGACAUUGUCGGGAAGGAGCAUCCCGGUGUCGCCGAGUGCCUGAACAAUCUGGGAAACCACUACUUUGCACGGGGCGCCUACCAAAAAGCAGCCGAGCACUUCGAGCAGGCCUUGGUCAUCCUCACUUCGGCCUGUCCGGACACGCCCUUCGUGGCUUUGACCCUCUACAACUUGGGUCUGUGCCGAGCCCACCUGGGACAGCCUGCCGAGGCCGCACUGAAGCGGGCCCUUCGCAUUGCCGAGCGGCUACUGGGCCCAAACCACCAGCAGGUGGACAUGAUUCGCCAAACUCUGGAACAAGGCGCCUCGUCGAAACAAUGA